AUUACGCAUUUUACAAGAGUUUACUUAAUCAAAUGAUCCGUCAACAUUCUAAUGAUGAUACAUGUGUAAGAAGCCUGUAAUGCAAGAGCGAUGACGAUAUCCCAUAAUAGGACAUAAUGAGUCCUGACGCCACCUCCAUCCUUUCCCCUGUCCUCAAGGAGGGAAAGACGCAUGUAUGUGAGCAAGGAGUGAGAUGCAAACCGUGUCGGGGAGAUUGGUGGGGGUGUGUGCCUGUGUGCUCGCUGUGGCGACUGUAUUUACUGUAGCAGAGACCUCACUGCCGCGUGUGGCAGCGAUAUUGAUAAGGAACACUGGAUUGCCACUCUACAAAGGACUGUCCAACAGAGGGCAGUGUGAGAUUUGACCAAUCCCACACUCCUCCGGUCCCCUCAGGUCCUCGCUGUGUGUCUGCAGUUAGAAUCACCCCUCUGACAAGCAUGAAAGGCUCUCCUGAUCUGAUUCCGUCUGCAGCUAUAGAGCUGGACCCUACAAGGGUGUGUAAAGGGAAGGGGGUCGUGACUCUGAGGGCCACUCUGGUCCACAUAGACGACGAGGACUGCGUCAGUGAAGAAUCGAAUGUUGACACAGCACCAAGUGGUUGGAUCGGCCAGAUCAAUGGAGACAGCUCUCAAACGGGAUUGGCUGAUGGAGGCUUCCACGACAUCACAGCUGAUUUACCUACAGUCAACAGAACUCAAGCCCAGGGAAGUUCACCUUUGAAGACAGAAGAACCCCAGAUUCCUGCCUCUUUUGACAUUCAGAACUAUAUAUCGUCGACAAAGGCCACCUCUGCCUACCCAUCCACCACUAACACUGUCAACCCAACCAUAGUUCUGCUACAACACAACAGAGCAAUGUUGGCAUUUUCAGACCCCACCCCAGAGAGGGACAAAUCGCCUGAUCCAGGACCUGUAGUUGGAACAGAGAGAGAACUGAGACAACACCCAGAUAUGGACGGCAAGAGGAUGAGGUACUCUCAAUCCCAUAUCUUGGGCCCACUGAACCAGCCCAUCGUGCCAGUACGGAACACAGAUAAGUCCAAGGACUGGUACAAGAACAUGUUUAAAAAGAUACACAGAAUUCCAGAACCUGUUGAGGAAAACCCAUAUCGCCCCACCUACAUAUUCCCUGAAUCCUAUGAUCCUAUGCAGAUGAAAACAACAGAUGACGGUCACUCCCCCUAUGGUUAUGUGGAAGAUGUGAAAGCGGUCCCACGAUCAAAAAGUGCUGCUGAAGUUGACCAUAGGUCGUCUAUGCCUGUGCCAACACGGUCCUCUUCCCUCAAACCUGCCAAAAGGAACGACUGGGAGCCCCCUGACAAAAAGGUAGACACCAGGAAGUACCGUGCCGAGCCCAAGAGCAUCUUCGAGUACGAGCCGGGAAAAUCGUCGGUGCUGAAACUGGAAAGAAAGACUCAGCACAUUAGUCCAGAAGAUGUAGAUUUAGAGAAUGAGCCUUGGUAUAGAUUCUUUUCAGAGAUGGAGUUUGAUAAAGCGAGUGCCCCCUCUUUCAGCCCUCUGGAAACAGCCUCCGACCUACAGAAGUACUCCGGGUGUAAGGCCGGACACAGCGAGGUGGAGAAGGACGAAGUAUCGUCUGGCAGCGAGCCAGCGGCUCCAGAAUGCGACCGCUAUGUUUACAAGAGCAUCCUGGAGGGCGGUGAUAUUCCCCUGCAAGGUCUGCGGGCCCUCAACAAGCGCCAUGCCAGCACCUCCUCUAAAGUGGAUUAUCAAGGUGGGAAUGGCUAUAUAAUUUCACCCUGCUCUUCUGUAAAUAGUCGAUCAGUUCUUGCCAGUAAUGCCCUAGGUUACCAGUGUAAAAAUAAGAAGCCCUUAUCUGCCGCCAAAGCCUGCAUACCCCAAAUCCUCCCCUCUAAGUUCAAACCUAAGCUGAUGGCCCCUAGUGGUGACAGACAGGACAGGAGGACUGUGCCUGCCAGGCACCCAAAGGCACACAGCUGUGAGGAUAUAUACACAGGGAGCACAGGCGCAGAGGCCCAGGAGAGCGGACUACACUCAAACACAGACUCAGACUCCAAUGAUCUCCCCCUUGACUCUGAGACUGGUUUUCAAAAUGGCAACCCUGAGACUAGAAGGUGCACAGCAGAGUUCUCCACCCUGUACCGGAACAUGCACAGCAUCCAGAGGCCUUCCUACUCGGCGGGCUCCAGCCCCCACGGGAGUGUCCGUAGCCUGACUUCCCUGUUUGAAAAGGUGGGGAUCAAUGAAACUGAUGGGGAGGGGGACGAGGCAGGGGGGAACAUUCCCCGGCGGGACGCUGUGUCGUCAAGGGUGUCGGCGUUUGAACUGAUCAUCCAGCGCUCCAGCCCGACUCCCACACGCUCCUCCUCCAUGCCAACGCUACCCACUGGCCCCACCCACAACCACGGCGCCGCCAACCUCUUCAUGGUGUCUGCCGUCUCGGCUGAGAUGCUGCUGGUCACUGAGCCUGGGCAGACAGAGGGCUGCCCUCUGGAGGGCACGGAGGGCAAGGCAGCCCAAGACGAGGCCUCUCUAUCAGGCAGCGAGAUAGUGGAGGAGGUGGCAUCCUCGGAGUACAGUGACACCCUACGAGCCGAGUCUCUCUCUGGGACUGAGGUAGAGAUAGAGCAGCACGGCUCCACAGAGAAAGCACCAGUACCAAAAGUGAAACCCCCAGUGGUCACUUUCUCCAGAACCUCAAACAGUCCCCCAGCACCAGUCAAUCCAUCUGCUCCCCCACACAACUACCACCUCCACAACCACCACCACCUUAAACCCAGCAGCAAAUGCAAAGGCUCCUGCCCAGCCUCCUAUACCCGGUUCACCACCAUCCGGCGGCAUGAGAGGCAGCAGCAGGCCUCAGCUCAGCAGGACAAACUCUCCAACCGGGAGAAAAUAAAGAACUCCUCCUCUCCCCCCGCGAACCUCUUGCUCAUGGGCCCUGCACCAUUCAUGGUGAAGAGGUCUCUCCAGUCUCACCGGGCCAAACAUUAUUUCUCAGCCACUAAGGUGAUGGCAGGUCAAAGGUCACAGACCCAUUCUAGUGAGCCCAGGCCCCUCAUCCCACAGCGUCUCUCUUCCUUGGAGGUGCUGGAGAGGCUUGGCACUGGGGAGGGUGCGCCGACCGACAGUGACAACAACCUGACUAAUGGGGGAGGCAUGGACGCCAAUGGGAAUCUUCUGCAGCCGCUGGCAGCUCAUCGCAGAGAUUCAGACUCGUCCCAGGCUUUGACCCAAGGAGACCUUGGUGACGGCCAGGAUGAGGUGGUUAGGAGACGCCAUGGAGACAAAGAGAAAAUCUUAGAAGAGCAGCGGCGGCUGAAGAGGGAGCAGGAGGAGGCUGACACAGCAUCGAGGCGACACACAGGAAUCGUUCCCACCCACCACCAGUUCAUCACUAACGAACGCUUCGGAGACCUGCUCAACAUCAACAUCAACGACACAGACAAGAGGAAAUCCGGAUCAGAGAGAACUCCAGCCCUGGCUCGGUUUGACUUCAGAGCAGAGACUCUAAAGGAGUUACCAUUUCAAAAGGGAGACAUUGUGUACAUCAUUCGACAGGUGGAUAAUAAUUGGUUCGAAGGGGAGCAUCACGGCAGAGUCGGCAUCUUCCCACGGAGUUAUGUUGAGCUCCUUCCUCCCACAGAGAAGGCCCAGCCAAAGAAGAGUGCCCCAGUGCAGGUGCUGGAGUAUGGAGAGGCCAUAGCACGUUUCAACUUCACAGGGGACACGGUGGUGGAGAUGUCAUUUAGAAAGGGAGAGAGAAUCAUCCUAAUUCGCAGGGUCGAUGAGAACUGGUACGAGGGCAAGGUCUCCGGGUCCAAUCGCCAGGGUAUCUUCCCCGUCACCUACAUAGAGGUGCACAAACGACCCAGAGUCAAGAAUGGAUUGGAUUAUCCAGACCCACCCAUUGGCCAAUCACCUCACCGCAGCCUCAAUGCUUCCCCUCAGCUGGUGAAGAAUGAGAUUGACUACCAUGGUAGAACCUCCAGGAGCCCUGUCAUGUUGUUUGACAUCCAGGACAACAACAUGAAUGCUAACUCAUUUGCGGAAGCGGUUUGUAAUGAGAUCAUGAAUAUAGCUGAGACCUCGGUGAGGUACUGCAGCACUCUCUCCCCCCACCCCCAUGACUCUGUCCUUCACAGACUCCUGCCCCCCCUUCACCCCAGUAAACAAUCUCUCAUCAUUUCCCAGCAACCCCAGUCCCACAGCAGCAGCCCGGAGCCGAGUCGUCUCAGUUGUGGAAUUUUCCAGGCUUUGUACUGUUACGUGCCACAGAAUGAGGAUGAGCUGGAGCUGCAGGAGGGAGAUCUUGUCAGCGUAAUGGAGAAGUGCGACGACGGCUGGUUUGUUGGUACCUCAAAGAGGACCAAACAGUUUGGCACGUUUCCAGGAAAUUACGUGAAAGAGGUCAACUUGUAACCUGUCAACAAACAUUUAUAGUGUGAGGAGAACCCAGCUCUAACCCUUGGUUACUGUUCAAGUUUUGGGAAGGCAUUACUAUUGCGCUUGAUUGUGUAAAUUAGGAUAGUCAUUCAGCCAGGUGAAUACGUUUGUCUGGUGUAAGUGAUCAGUUUGGUGUGAGGUAUGUUAAUGUACAUGAGGCGAAGACAGGAAGAAGCUUUGCUGUUGACUCACUGCCCAAACGUCAGUGUGGUGUAUACGUACUCCAACCAUAUCCUACACAGUACAUGGCUGAAUUUAUAAUAUCAUAUUCUGACAAUGGAACUUUUAGUUGAAAAAAAACUCCUCCCAAAAUGUCAGCACAUACAGACUAUGUUAUACAAUGAGUUUACAAAACAUUAUGAACACCAGAUUGUUCCAUGACAUAGACUGAUCAGGUGAAUCCAGGUGAAAGCUAUGAUCCCUUAUUGAUGUCACUUGUUAAAUCCACUUCAAAUCUGUGUAGAUGAAGGGGAGGAGACGGGUUAAAGAAGCAUUUUUAAUCCUUGAGACAAUUGAGACAUGGAUUGUGUAUGUGUGUCAUUCAGAGGGAGAAUGGGCAAGACAAAAGAUUUAAGUGCCUUUGAACGGGGUAUGGUAGUAGGUGCCAGGCGCACCGGUUUGUGUUAAGAACUGCAACGCUGCUGGGAUUUUUAAUGCUCAGUCUGUUUCCCGUGUGUUUCACGAAUGGUCUACCACCCAAAGGACAUCCAGCCAACUUAGCACAACUGUGGGAAGCAUUGGAGUCAAUAUGGGCCAGCAUCCCUGUGGAACGCUUUCAACAUGCCCCAACUCAAUAUUAGGAAGGUGUUCUUAAUGUUUUGUACACUCAGUCUGUAUUCUUGUACAGUAUAUAUAGUAGCUGUGGUGUGUCAUUGUGAUUGUUAACUACUAUACAAAGUAUUUUUGAAGCACAUGAAUGUCUAUCUACAGUAUAUGGGAGAGGUCAGCAGCAGAGCAGUUCAUGGAUCAAGAGAGUGGAUCGUAUAACUACCAUGAUGGAUCAGGAGGGCUCAAAUGAGUUGUUGUUGAUGAGCUAGACAAAUAUGAGCUGUAAUUCAUCAGCUGCCUUUCAGGACCUUUUUUGGCGAAAGCCUUUUUCAUUAACUUAGAAUGCGGAUACAUACAUCUGAAGGUUGACAUGACAUGCUAAGUCGUCUAGAAGAUGAGGAAAACCCAGUAACUAGGAAAACCCAGUAACUAGUAGUGUUUGGUUAGACAUACCAUGGAGCUAGCAGGCUGUAUGUGAUGGCACAUACUUGGACAGUGACCAACAAACCCUAUUCCUUGAUUAGUAUUUUGAAAACCCUUUGACCUGACAGUGAACUUCGAGAAACAAAUUUGUAGAAUUGUGGAAUGGCUUGGUUUUAUUAGCUCAGAAUGCACUGAAAACUAUAAAGCUAUGUUUGUGACAAUGUAGUCAAUGUAGGCUUGUAGUCUUCAUAAAAUAGCAGAGCGUUCUUACCUCAGUGUAGUCCAAAUGCUUCCAAUGCCAUUUUAGUAUUGCCUUCGUUUUCGAACCAAUGUUUGUACUAGAAUUCGAGCAUGUUCAUGUGCAUGAUAGAAAUCCGGAAAUGCUCAAACACGUUAGCUAAUAUUAGCUCAGCGUUCUGUCAGUUGAAGUGAUUAAUACAAUCAGGAAGACUGGCUGUGCUUUGUACAUACCUGAUUAAGACAGAUCAUGCAUGUGUAUGCAGGAGUGUACGUGCAAGCAAGAGUGUAUGCCUAUGUGUCACACCUAUGUGUCACACAUCUCUUAUCAAUUCUUUUUUUCUGUCAUCCUGUACAGCAUAUCUGUCCCUUAAAAUUAGAAGUAACAUUAGCUGUCUGAUCUUUUGUGAUUCCUGUGAGGUAGCUGGUGGCAGACAGCUGCCUAAGCUAUACUGGCUCCAGUGAAACCACAGGACAGGCGUGGUAUGCCACUCUUUUUAAAGCACUUAACUUCCGCCCGUGGUAAUUUUGGGGCUUUCUCCUCACACUAAUUGUAUACUAAUUCAUUUGAAGUUUAAAAAAAGCCUUUCGUGAACUAACACUCGCACUUUACUUUUUUCCCCCCUUACUAGCUCUGACUUUGCUAAUAGCUACUUUAUUGAGGAAAAAUGUACUUACUAUGACUGUGAUAUGUGGUUGACCCACCUAGCUAUCUUAAGAUGAAUGCACUAACUGUAAGUCGCUCUGGAUAAGAGUGUCUGCUAAAUGAUUAAAAUGUACAUGUAACUCUUUGUUUGAGUAACGAUUGAUUUUAAUUUGUGAGCAUUUUACUUUUUACAUUUGACAAAUGAUAUAUACCAAUAUUGUUGGAUACAGGGGCCUUUUAUACACAGUAGACUACGUGUAGCCUCAGUGUAGCAUCUGAGAGUGCUAAGCUAUUUAAGAGCAUUAAACUAUAUCAAUGCCAUUAUUAUUUUGAGGCCAGCACGUACAACCAGAAAAACAUUACUCAUUAUCUUUGAACUGGAUUGCUCCCUCAGGGAAGAUUGCUUUGAAUUCGGAUAUCAACGCAUCGAAACAGUCUUCCUGUGAGGACAGACUGGUCCUCAGUCUGAGAGCCACAUCAGAUCACCACGCCGGUAACAGCCACCAUACGUCAGAAUAUAUCCUGAAAACGUAGCAGAUUGAAAUAAGAAUGUAUUGUGUUGUGGCAGCUCUACUUUCUUCUCUCUUACUUUGUUCAUAUCAAAUUCUUUCUCCUUAUGACUCACUGCUAUGCUUUCUUCAAAGGAAUCCUCAAUGUCAUGAGUGACAUUAGUCUGGGUUCACUAGGCAAUAGAAUUGAAAUGUGUUUCUACGACAAAAAAAAGUAUAUCUGUCAUAAGACUAUCAACAUCUAACUAGUAUUAUUACCUUUAUAGUAAUACUUCAUCUACUUAAUGAUGACUUAUGUUAAAUAUCGUUUAAAGCUAUUACUGCCAUGUUCACAUUGUCAGUUUGAAGUGACUCAAAUCCUAUUUAUUUGCAUAUCCGAUUCAAAUCUUUUCUUUGUCCUGCAGUCUGAACAGCCAAAAACCACAUGGAAUCUGAUAUUUCAAGCCACAUUUCAAACCACCUUCGUAGGUGGCUUGAAGUCAGAUACAUAUCUGAUUCCUGGCCAUGUGACUUGUGUCUUAAUGGUCGAAUCUGAUUUAUUUGCCCUCAAGUGGUUUUUAGACUGUUGUUUGGCAUAUCUUGUUGCUUGCUAGCUACUUUGUUGACCGUUUGACAAGAACAUGUGGUAACUUACUAGCUUCUUAAUUGUUUACAAACAAAUGAGUGAAUGUUCUAGAAAGCCUAAACAGCUACCUAGCUAGCUAGUUGGCUGCUGUGGCGAGCCAAAAAAAUAAUUUGUUUUGAAAGUUGGAUCAUCUUAUCCGUUGAGGUUUUAAAAGUGUUCUUACACUGUGACUUUGAGCAUUCAAAGCAACUGGGAAACGUCCAUGGCAGGAAUUGUUAUCAACUUAGCUUGCUACAUAACUUCUGAGUGAUGGGAAGCACGAGCACCAACACCAAUCAGCCUACACCACUGAGCGCACACCAGUCGUUACUAUGACAACUAGCGUAGCCAUGUCAGCAAAUGACUGCCGUCUGAACACACACACAUCCGAUUUGGUCACUCACUUGUAACCUGCUGUUUGGACAGUCAGUGUUCCAAAACUGAUUUGAGCAUUAAGGCUUAGGUGGCUGCCACCUAUCAUGUUACCUUGUGAGAUAUUUAAGUACAGUUCUGCCUGUUUACUCAUCUGUCAGUUGUACUUGAAAGGAAUAGAAAGCUUCAUUCUGUCAAGCUGUUACAGUGUUUGUCAUUGACAUGAGACAAUACAACACCCAAACAUUCAACAUCAUUGUUUUUCCCUAGCUUGUUAACAGCCAACAGCCAACAUUGAUGAGAAUAUAGUCUUGUGUAACAGUUGUUUUAACGAAACCAGUUACAUUGUACUAAAUUGCUGAGUUUGUCUCUACAUCAUUCGUAUGACUAUCAAGAAGUAUUUUGCGGCACUAGGAGAACAUAGAUGAGGGUUUCUACUGUAUGGUCAUUCAUGUGUUUGUAAAUUUCAGUAUUUCUCCCCUUGGUUUGCUGUACAUAACUUCCUUAACUUGUUUCUGAAGGAUAAUCCGAGUGGUUGUAUUGUGACUCAGCUGUGAGCUGUUUACCCCAUAGAGAUACAGUAUUACACAGUGUGUUCUAUUUCAUUCUGUGGUUUCCACCAUGCUAGCACUUGCACUAUAGCUAUUAUUACCCCAUCUCCAACACAGAGACAAUGACAUCCAAAGUCAAAGCAAAGCUUACAGAAUAAGGUCCAGAGACAACUGAAUACGGAAAUGUCUGUUCCAUGUCAAACUGACUGUAUGAUAGACUUUGGCAACAAGCAAUCACUCUUCUUGUGGUAUCAUAUCAUAGCCUCACAAGUCAGUGUAAAAUGUUGAUGGGAUAAUGUGCUCCGUGAAACAUCGCAGGAUGUAUGAAUGUAUGAUUGUGGAGUACUGUAUAACACUCAUUAUGUAACAAGGAUCAGUCAGCUUGAAUUAACAUGUAAAACAUUAAACAGCCUGGCACAAUAAGAAUUGUAAAUAUGUAUAAUAAAGAAGUAUGGAAUGCAAGCGAUGGGAAAAGUCACAUGAAGCUCUCUGUUGUUUUUUUUGGGGUGGGGGGGCAAAGCACAGAGUGAAGAGUUAUUGAGCACAGACCGUUUGAUGCAUACGAAGUAAAGUUACGUUGCCAUUUGAUGAGGAUCGUAAUGCCUGAUGUCAGAUGCAAAUUGUGCCUCAUUUUCAUGAGCUUUUAUUGAUUAUCACAGAAAUGUAUCCAUAUGUCAUGUUUAAGGAUAUUACUAUUGUUUUCCCCUGUUGUUUUUUAGUAUUUGUGAUGGGAGAAGACAUGUACUAAAGAACAUGAUAGCGACUGGACUAAAGUGUGACACAACGCUUCAAAUAAAUGAUUAAUCAUCAUAAGUAUGUGUUCAUUAGUUUUCCCGAGACGCACAACCUGCAGCAGGUUUUGUAUGUUUGCUUAUUUUUUUGCGGUGCUGUUACAAUGUCAAUAUUAAAAUGAAGACAACACUAUUUACUGCUGUGAUAUUACUAUUGAUAUUUCGGUAUUAUGCAAUAUUUAAUAAACUAUAUAAAGCAUC